UCUUUGUCCUGGCCUUGUUCCCUUUUCUGUGUUCUCUACUGUCUGUCCUGACUUGCAUGGUCUCCUUCUGGACCCUUCAUGCCUGGGAGUGGGAGAUUGCCCAUUCGCCUCCAGCCCGCCUCCAGUACAGCUGAGCACGGGAUCAUCCAGAAUGAAGACUCUCUGUGAAUCACACUUGGCCUUUGCUGCUCCUUCUGAUAGGCAGUUUCUGUGACUGCCCCAGCUCUGCCUUCUCACAGCCGAUGCUCAUAAAUGUGAGGUUCUCCUCUCUGAGGGAAUGAGCUCCCGACACCCGCUGAGCUCUGCAUCCACUCUCAAAGGCCAGAAAUUUAACUUUACCUCAAAUAUGGACGACAUUAACUGGGAGAAUUACAGUGAAGAUUUUGGUAAUUACAGUUACAACACUGACCUGCCCUCUAUCCUACCAGACUCUGCCCCAUGCCGGCCAGAAUCUCUGGAUGUCAACAAGUAUGGCAUUGUCCUCAUCUAUGCCCUGGUCUUCCUGCUUAGCCUGCUGGGAAACUCCCUGGUGAUGCUGGUCAUCUUAUACAGCCGGGUGGGCCGCUCUGUCACCGAUGUCUACCUGCUGAACCUGGCCAUGGCUGACCUGCUCUUUGCCCUGACCUUGCCUAUCUGGGCCGCCUCCAAGGCAAAGGGCUGGAUCUUUGGCACACCCCUGUGCAAGGUGGUCUCACUCCUGAAGGAAGUCAACUUCUACAGUGGUAUUCUACUGCUGGCCUGCAUCAGUAUGGACCGCUACCUGGCCAUUGUCCAUGCCACACGCACGCUGACUCAAAAGCGGCACUGGGUCAAGUUCAUAUGCUUAGGCAUCUGGACCCUGUCCUUGAUCCUGGCCCUGCCCAUCUUCCUCUUCCGCAGGACCAUCUACCCACCCUAUUCAAGCCCAGUCUGCUACGAAGACAUGGGUGCCAAUACAACAAAAUGGCGGGUGGUGAUGCGGGCUCUUCCCCAGACCUUUGGCUUCCUCGUGCCCCUGCUGGUCAUGCUGUUCUGCUACGGAUUCACCCUGCGCACGCUGUUUGCGGCCCACAUGGGGCAGAAGCACCGGGCCAUGCGGGUCAUCUUUGCUGUGGUGCUCGUCUUCCUGCUCUGCUGGCUGCCCUACAACCUGGUCCUGAUCGCAGACACCCUCAUGAGGAUGCGGGUGAUCUCGGAGACCUGUGAGCGUCGCAAUGACAUAGGCCGGGCCCUGGAUGCCACUGAGAUCCUGGGCUUCCUCCACAGCUGCCUCAAUCCUCUCAUCUAUGUCUUCAUUGGCCAGAAGUUUCGCCACGGACUCCUCAGGAUCAUGGCCAUCCAUGGCCUGAUCAGCAAGGAGUUCUCGGUCAAGGACGGCAGGCCUUCCUUUGUUGGCUCUUCUUCAGGGAACACUUCUACCACCCUCUAAGACCCCCACACAGGGCUCUUCCCUUCCCUUCACCAUCCAUUCCAAGCCUCAUAUCCUCUGACUGUUCACAGUCUGCAUGUCAAGGCAGCCUGCCAUUCUGGUUACAGGGAGUUGCUGAGGCCACAUCCUUACCAGGCCCCCAUUGUGUGCCUUGGCCCCACCUCUUACCAUAAUCAUCAUGUCAACUGCUAGAGCUUGGUCCAUCCAACCAUUGAGCCCACAGCCCUCUGUCUUCUGGCAGAGAGUCUUUGAAGACACUCUUUUAAGUAACUAUAAAAGUUUCCACCAUUGGGAACCAGUGAUGUCAAACAUCAUUAGUUGCUUCCCCAACUUUCUCUUUCCUUGCCUUCUAGCAAAGUCCCUUGAGAGAGGCUGAGAAUGACAGACACUCACUUUCUAAGAUUCUCUUCAGGCAGGAGUGGCCAUAUCAUCUGGUUCUGACUACUGAGACUUAAAGGCAAUAGUGUUCUGGUAAACCAAUCUUCUAGGAGAAAAACUUCUGAUUUGUAGCAUUUGCCAUGUUCCAGUGUGUAAAUGCUCCCACCAUGGCUGAUUUCAGGGGUGGCAGUGUUUAGCAACCAGCUCACAAAAUCUAGAAAAUGUAAUAGUAUGCUUUUACAGGCAGGUAAAAAUUGGCUUCAGUGCACCUUUGCUUAAGAGGAAGUCUGCUAGGGCCUGGAGACCCCUGGGAAAUAUUCUUGAUUUGAGAGAGAGAGAGAGAGAAAGAGAGAGAGAGAGAGAGAAAGAGAGAGAGAGAGAGAGAGAGAAACAUAUCCUUGAUUCUUGCUUUUGAAUAUGGUUAUAAGAUAUGAUGUGUGGAGCUGAGGCAGCCACUUUGUGACAAUGAGGCAAAAAGUAUGUCCACACUCAGGCUGAUGGAGCCAAAGGAUAAAAAGAGCCUAAGAAUAAAGAGCUCAGAAGUUAAACUAAGCAUAAAUGUCAAGUGAUUUUCAACAAGAAUGCCAAGACUAUUCAAUGGGGAAAGAAUAGUCUGUCAACAAAUCGUGCUGGUAAAAUUAGAUGUACACAUGCACAAGAAUGAAAUUGGACCCUUACUUUACACCACAUACAAAAUUAACUCAAUAUGGAUCAAAGAUUUAAAAUUAAAGCUAAAAUUCUAAAACUCUUAGAAGAAAACAUAGGUGGGAAGAUUCAUGUCAUUGGAUUUGGCAAUGAUUUGUUGGAUAUGACACCAAAAGUGUAGGCACCAAAAGAAACAGUAGGUUAAUUGGACUGCAUCAAAGUUAAGAACUUUUGUGCAUUAAAGGACACUAUCAACAGAGUGAAAAGGCAAACCACAGAAUGGGAGAAAAUAUUUGAAAUCAUAUAUCUUAUUAAGGGUUAAUAUACAGAAUAUAUAAUGAAUUUCUACAACUCAACAGCAAAAAACAAACAAGCAAACAACCUAAUUCAAAAAUAGGCAAAGGAAUUAGAAAGUAGACAUUCCUCCAAAGAACAUAAAGAAAUAGGUCAUCAGUAAUAAUUAGGAAAAUGUAAAUCAAAACUACAGUGAGGUCCCACUUGACACACAGGUAUUUGUACACUAAUGUUCAUAGCAGCAUUAUUCACAAUAGCCAAAAUGUGGAAAUAACCCAAUUGUCCAUCAGCAGAUGAAUGGAUCAACAAAGUGAGAUAUAUACCUACGAUGGAAUAAUACUCGGUCUCUAAAAGGAAUAAAAUUCUGAUACGUGCAACAACAUGGAUGAACCUUGAAAACAUUAUGCUAAGUGAAAUAAACCAAGCACAAUACUGUAUGAUUCCACUUAUAUGAAGUACCUAGAAUAGUCACGUUUAUAGAGACAGAAAGUAAAAUAGUGUUUACCAGAGGCUGGGUGAAGGGGGAAAAUGGGGAGUUAUUGUGUAAUGGAUACAGAAUUCAGUUCGGGAUGAUGAAAAGUUUCUGGAGAUGGACAGUGGUAAUAAUUGCACAAUAAUGUGAAUGUACUUAAUGCCACUAAACUGUACACUUUAAAAUGGUUAAAAUGAUAAAUUUUGUAUUAUGCAUAUUUUACCACGUAGUUCCAAAAAGGCAAACUUGAACCAAUGGACCCACCUACCUAUAACUUCUUAAAUGAUAUCAUUAAAUGUCUCUUUUGUAUAAACUA